AUGCUUCACAAGCACGCCCUUAUCACCGCGGCCCUCGCGGCCCUCGGCCAGUGCGGCUCGUCCGUGUUCGAGUCUGUCCCCGAACAGCCCCGCGGCUGGACCCGUUUGGCCGACGCUGCGGACGACACGCCGCUCAAGUUGCGCAUCGCUCUGCAGCAGCCCAACGAGGCCUUGUUUGAGCGUACCCUCUACGAAGUGUCGGACCCGAACCACGCCCGGUACGGUCAGCACCUCUCCCGCGACGCCCUUUCGGCUUUGCUCGCCCCCCGUGCCGAGUCUAUCUCAACCGUGCGAAACUGGCUCAGUGACGCCGGUAUCUCGUCCGACCAGGUCAAGGAAGAUGGCGACUGGAUUGACGUCAAGUUGACGGCGCGCGAGGCCUCCGCCCUGCUCGAAACCGAUUUCGGCCUCUGGAACCACGACGGCAGCAACGUCAAGCGUGUCCGGGCCCUCAAGUACUCGGUGCCUGACGAGGUCUCUAAGCACAUCCGUAUGGUGGCUCCCGUCGUGCGCUUCGGCGACAUCCGCCCCGACCGCAGCCAGGUCUUUGACGUGGUUGACGCCCCGCCGCAGGCGAAGGCUGCUGCGGCUAUCCCGCCCCAGGACCUGGAUGAGGCGGCCUGCAACAAGACUAUCACCCCGGAGUGCCUGCGCGCGCUCUACAAGAUCGGCUCGUACCAGGCUAAACCCAGCAAGAAGAGCUUGUUCGGCGUAGCUGGUUACCUCGAGGAGUGGGCUAAGUAUGACCAGCUGGAACUGUUCGCCAACGCGUACGCCCCGUACAUCUCUGACAACAACUUCACCUCCGUCGGUGUGAACGGCGGCGUGAACAACCAAAACAAUGCGACUCAGGACGAUAUUGAGGCGAAUCUGGACAUCCAAUACGCCGUCGCCAUCGCGUACAAGACACCCAUCAACUACUACAUUACUGGCGGGCGUGGCGAGCUCAUCCCUGACCUUGAUCAGCCGGACAAGGACGAGAGCUCCAACGAGCCGUACCUCGACUUCUUCUCCUACCUGCUGAAGCUGAAAGACGAUGAGCUGCCCCAGACCCUCACCACCUCCUACGGCGAGAAUGAGCAGUCCGUUCCCCCCAAGUUCGCCGAGACGGUGUGCAAUAUGAUCGGUCAACUGGGCGCCCGCGGCGUGUCCGUCCUGUUCUCGUCCGGAGAUACCGGCGUUGGCUCGGCCUGCCAGACCAACGACGGCAAGAACACCACCCGCUUCCUGCCCACUUUCCCUGCUUCUUGCCCAUUCGUGACGUCUGUCGGUGGUACCCGCUAUGUCAACCCCGAACAGGCUGUCUCCUUCUCCUCGGGCGGUUUCUCCGACCUCUUCCCCCGUCCAGCCUACCAGGAGGCCGCCGUAAGUGGCUACCUGGACAAGCACCUCAAGAAACGCUGGCACGGCCUCUACAACCCGGCCGGCCGUGGGAUCCCUGAUGUUGCCGCCCAGGGCGUCGAUUACCACGUAUUCUCGCAGGGCAAGGAUGUCCUCGUCUCCGGUACUAGCGCGUCGGCGCCCAUGUUUGCCGCCCUCAUCAGCCUACUCAACAACGCACGCCUCGCCCAGGGCAAGCCGCCGCUUGGUUUCCUCAACCCGUGGUUGUACUCGAACAAGGUUGCCAGCGAGGGUCUGACCGAUAUUGUUCAUGGCGGUUCCACCGGCUGCACUGGUACGGACAUGUACUCGGGUCUGCCGACGCCGUAUGUGCCCUAUGCUAGCUGGAAUGCUACCCCCGGCUGGGACCCUGUGACCGGCUUGGGUACGCCGCUCUUUGACAAGCUCCUCAAGCUUAGCACGCCAGGCAUCGACAUCAAGCUGUCGCUCAUCGGUUCCUUGUCCCUGUGA